UAUCAUCAUGGCAAGGCGAAAAUUGUUGCAAUUGGAAAGGAAUUAAAUGCUCGAGUUCAGGUCGUGUGGUAGUUGUCAACCUCCGGAAUCCUAAUCCGAUUGAAGUCAUGAUCAAUAUCAAUAAGGAAGUUGUUUCAAAUUCUAACAACACGUCCGAUUUUUCUCUUAUAGGUACUAUAUCUCCAUUGCUCUUCAAUCUUGACCAUAUGCAACAUCUCGACCUGAGUUUCAACAACUUCAUGUACUCAAAGUUACCGGUUGAGAUAUCGAACUUAACUAAGUUGACUUAUCUCAAUCUGUCAAAUGCCAUGUUUCAAGAUUCCAUAGCCACACAAUUCACAAACCUUACAUCUCUAAGGUCUCUCGAUCUUUCGUGUGCUAAUUUAGUACCCGAUUUUUCUUCUGUUUCUGUUAGCUUGACAUUUCCACUGAAGUUGGAUUUUGGAUCAUUGUUUUCUUUUAUAAGCUAUGGUUAUUUGUCUAGUCCAAAUCUAAGGUGGUUACAAGGGCUGCGACGUCUCAGAUAUCUAGUAUUGACUGGUGUUGACCUAUCAAAGGCGUCCGAAUCAUUUCAUUGGGCUAAACCAAUAUCAAACCUUUCAAAUCUCAUGUCACUUCAUUUGUCCAACUGCAACAUUUCAGGAAGAAUUCCGAUAGGGAAAUUAGUUAACCUUACUAAUCUUGCUACUCUAGAUAUGAGUUCUAAUGUUCUAACAUCAUCGAUACCUGAUCUGCUAUCGAACCUCACAACCCUCUCGGUAUUAGAUUUUAGUAGCAACAAUUUAGAUGGUCAUAUGCCUUACCUUCCUCAACUCGAAGAACUUUCUGUUUCUGGCAAUCCUGCUAUGACCAUAGAUCUUGUUUCAAUGUUUUCUGCCCCGUUGUCAAAGUUGACAUUUCUUGACAUAAGCUUCGUUCGUGUAGGUGGAAUGAUUCCUCCUUCUUUAAGCAACUUAACUUCAUUAACCUUUUUCCGAGCUGAUGGAUGCUCGAUCCAAGGGUCCAUACCACCUUCUUUAACAAAACUUAAGAGAUUAAGUGUACUGAUGCUGAACGACAAUGAUAUCACAGGCCAACUUCCUGUAUCCAUGUCCAGUUUAGUUAGCCUUCAAUACUUAUCUCUAUUUCAGAACGGAUUAGGAGGUCACAUUCCCAUUUCGAUCUGUCAAAUCCCCUCCCUCGAGUACCUAAAUUUAGAAUGGAAUGAUCUAACAGGACGUCUUCCGUUGUGCAUACUUCAGCUUCCUAAGCUUUCAUCUCUUUAUAUUCAGAGGAAUAGACUGAAUGGUAAUAUGCCAUUGUCUUUGUUCCGAAAGUCUAGAUUGGAUGAAAUUAGUUUAGGAACUAGUGGAUUGUCAUUGGAAAUCGAUGAUCAAGAUCAACCCUUUGUGCAAACGUUGCAGCCCAAGAUUUUGGAUUUCACAUCUUGCAACAUGAGAGGAGAAAUCCCGGAUUUCUUUUCAAAUUUUACGAGCCUCGUGGUUUUGAAUUUGGCUAACAACAGUCUAUCGGGUGCCAUACCACACUGGUUGUUCAAUCUCCCUGCCCUCUCUAUACUAUCUUUGCCUAUGAAUAACUUCAAGGGAUUUAUACCUCCAAUGAUUCAGCUGAAAUCUUCUCUUUUCCCAACAAUAGUAAAUUUAGCCAGAAACAAACUUCAAGGCCCUCUCCCUACUCACCUCGAGAAUGUUGACGUCAUUGAUUUAUCACUUAACAAUUUUGUAGGCUCAAUUCCAUCACGGAUAGGAGAAUUUCCCGGUAUCAGGUCCAUAUCUUUAUCCGGAAACACAAUUCAUGGUCCAAUACCUGAAUCAUUUUGCCAAGUGACUAACGUUCUUCAGGUUCUUGAUCUCUCUAAUAAUAGCCUGUCAGGCACCAUUCGACGUAAUUUGGGAAACUGCAAGUCUCUCAUUUACCUUAAUCUUGGACAAAACAAGCUCACUGGAAGUGUUCCAAAAGAACUUGAACGCGUUACAAGCCUUCGUUACCUUGACCUGAACGGGAAUCAGUUCAAAGGAUCUUUUCCAAAAGUGAUUGAACAGUUUCAAGAUUUGGAGAUUCUGAACUUGGCAGGAAAUAAAUUUGAAGGACGGAUACCAAAGUUCAUCGGUGAGCUACACAGCCUCCGUAUACUCGUUCUUGCAUCGAAUACUUUCAAUGAAUCUAUCCCGGAAGGGCUAAUGAAGUUGGAAAAUCUACAAUAUAUCGGUUUGUCCAGGAACAAUCUGUCCGGUCCCAUUCCUGAGAAUCUCGAUGGCUUGAAAAUGAUGACAAAAAGACAAAGAGAGGCAACAAUCUUAGGUUAUGUUUACUCACUCAAGUUCACUGGUGCUCAGCUAGAAAUAGUCACCAAAGGACAGACACAUUGGCUUGAGUCAGUGUAUUCCUACAACACUGGAUUCGACAUCUCGAGCAAUGCUCUUACUGGUAAAAUCCCUGAAAAAAUUGGCCUUUUAAUUGGAAUCCCAUUCCUGAAUCUCUCACAUAACAAUCUUUUUGGACUGAUCCCAAAGACUAUCGGCGAGAUGAUUUCACUCGAAUCGUUGGAUCUCAGCUAUAACCAUUUCACAGGUGAAAUUCCAGAGACAUUGACAUUGUUAGAUUUUCUCCAAUAUCUUAACAUGUCUUAUAACAAUUUGAGUGGAAACAUUCCAAGAAAUCCACAUUUUGACACAUUAUAUCAAGAUGGAACAACAUAUAUUGGGAACAAAUACUUGUGUGGUGUUCCUGGUGGUAUGAAUUGCAGUUACCAUGGACCUUCUAUUACUGAAAAGAUAGAAGACAUAUUUGAUCAAGAAGAUGUCCUGUUUGUUUUAGUUAUAUUUUUUGGCUAUGUAACAGGAAUUUCUGGAUUGUUUUUGUUCUUAUAUUUGAUGAAGGACAAUUGGAGGAACAAGUACUGGAGGACAAUAGACAAAAUUGUGUUAAAAAUAGUAAAGAGUGUACCAUGAACAAAAGUUGUAAAGGAUGCUCUUUUCUCUGUAAUGUAUGAAGUGGUUGAUUGUUUUUUUUGGUUUCCCUGGUGUCCGGUAUUUAUAUUGGGGUCCGACUAAAUCUGUACUCACGUCGGAGAAGUCUCCCAUUGGGGUAAAGCAAGAUAUCUGAUUAGGAUGAAGAAGUACUUACUGCUCUACAACAACCCUCAUUGGUAGAAGUGGUUUGAUAUACAUACUAGUUAUGCGGAGAUUAUAGUGUAGGUAUUAUUUAUACAGUAAUCAAUAAUGAAAGGAUUAUUAUGAAGAGGUUAAUAAUGAAGAGAUUGUUAUACAUGAAUAUUACAUUUAAAAGGGCAUUUUGAUAGAUUAAUCCCCGCAUCACUAAUACAUGUAUUCUUAUUCCACAUUUUAUUUUGCAUAAAACAAUACAAAGAUUCUCACAUUAAUUUAACGUGUAUUAUUUAAUACCCCAAAUCAAAUGAUGCAUUAGUUAUGCAACCAAUAUUUCUAUUUCUUAUGCAGACAACCAAACACUGUAUUAUCUUAUGCGAGAUUUUAUGCUGAGACUAAUUGUUCCAAUAUAACAACCAAACGACCCCUAUAUGUAUAUCACUCUUUUUAUUCUAACUACUGUUCAAGUGCUUAACAUUCUCUCAUUUUGUAGAUUUACUAGAUAAUAUAAUUUGUAUUACGAGGAUUCAUCAUAUAUUGAUUAAUUUAGGGAUAAUUUCACACAUAAACACUCAAUUUUUACUUUAUUACACCAAAAUUACUAAACUAUUUUUUGUAACAAAAAAUUCAUUCGACUUAUUUAUCUCGAAAGUCACUCAACUUUGGCAGACUUGGACAAUAAUGGAAUCAAAGUUGAUUUUGCCUUGUAUAUGUGGGAGCAAGUAUGUGCUUGGGGGAAAUUGUUGUCUAGAUAUAAUGCUUGUGUUUUCAGACAAUUUUUCCGUGAUAUGCUUUGAUACUAUUAUUGAUAGCAUGUAUAUGAUUUUAAGUUCAUGAUGAUGCAUGGUAAUAAGUGUUUUUAAUACAUUAAGCAUGACCAUGUAAUUGCACUUCAUAAUGCCUACUUUGGUGAUGCGAUGGUCCGUGGGUUAGUCUGGCCUGAGGGUAAAACGUUAUCUUAGAGUUCAAUGCACUAUGAGAUUAAGACCUCGGGUUUGACUCCCAGUGUACUAUGAUGAUAAGUUGUAAAGCUCGAGUCAUCUCACUAUGAGGAUAUAUAAGACGUUGUAUUCAAGUCCCAAUGCACCAUGACGAUAUGAUGAUGAUGUGAGAAACAGUGAGAGAUCCAGCAUCUUGU